UCGGUUUCUUUUUCAGGGCGGAGAAAGCCAUAAACUCACUUUUUUCAUCAAGGAGGAGCCUGGAGACACACCAACAUGCACCAAAGUGGAAGCUGAGAAACAAGUCGAGCUGAGCUCAGUAAAAACCUCUUUAGACAGCCAGUCCGUUGGCGAUGCCCACCCGACUACAAGCUAAAGAUUGAUCACCGAUCGCAAGGAUCCCCCGUCAGCUGAUCCUGCAGAGUAGCCGGAAGAAUCAGACCAGUUCGCCCCCCCUGGUUAAAGCUCCCAGGGAAAAGAAGCAAAAAUGUCAGAGAGGGGAGGCCAGAAGAAAUCCAUCUUUCUGUCAUUAUUGGUAUGUUGUAUGUUUGCUAGUGCAGAGGAUUCCGACUGUGGAGAGUAUGAGUUCUUCAACAAGACCAUCAACAGCUGCCAGGCCUGCCCUCAGUGCCAGCCAGGACAAGAACCUCAUAUGAGCUGUGGUUACGGUUCCAAGGAUGAGGACUUUGCCUGUGUUCCAUGCCCUCGUGGAAAAUACUCCAAAGGAAAAUAUGAGAUCUGCAGACGCCAUAAAGAUUGUGAUGCCCUCUACAAAGCUUCUGUUCUUGUGGCAGGGACCCCAGAGAGUGAUGCAGAGUGUGGACCUUGUUUGCCAGGGUAUUACAUGCUGAAGAACAGACCUAAAAACCUCUAUGGGAUGGUUUGCCACUCCUGCCAAAAUGCACCACGCAACACCAAAGAAUGCAUGCAAACCAACAAGCCAGAUACAAAAGCUUCACCUGAUACUGGUAGCACAACAAUCUUACCUCAUCCAAAUAAAGAGUCCCUGGGACAGGGUCACCUAGCAACAGCUCUUAUUAUCGCCAUGUCAACCAUUUUCAUCAUGGCCAUCGCCAUCGUUCUCAUCAUCAUGUUUUAUAUCCUGAAAGCCAAACCAAGUGGUCAGGCAUGUUGUUCUGGACAAGUCGCAAAAGCAGUGGAGGCUCAGACCAACAAACAGGAGGACAAAAAGGACGUCCCUGACAGUGUGGUGAUCUUCGCAGAAAAAGACGAGUAUGACAAACUGAAAGCUCCUCCUCAGAAGACGGUGAAAAGUGAAAAUGAUGCAUCUUCAGAGAAUGAGCAGCUGCUGAGCCGCAGCAUUGACAGUGACGAAGAGCCCACAUCAGAUAAACAGGGAUCGGCAGAAAUCACAAACCCUAACACCAACCUGUGUCUUGUCAACCUGGGCAACAAACCUGACCUCUGCCUGCUCUCUCUGGGACUCUUGGACCGCGGCCGUGCCUGCAAUGGCAACCCCAACGGUACAGCCAGCCAGGCCAAUAACAUCCCAAACCCCAACCACAUCAGCAAUGUCAACCACAUAGCCAACAGCAACCACAUCAGCAGUGUGAAUGCGCUCAACAACAACAAUAAAACUCCAGGGAUGCUACAGAGUCGUAGGAAGAAGAUACUAGAUCUGUAUGCCAGAGCCUGUAAUGUUACUGAAGGCCUAAGCCCCACAGAGCUUCCCUUUGACUGUCUGGAGAAGGCCAGCCGCAUGCUGAGCUCCUCCUACAGCAGCGAGGCGGCCGUGGUGAAGACAUGGAGGCACCUGGCUGAGAGUUUUGGGCUGAAGCGAGAUGAGAUUGGCGGCAUGAGUGAUGGUCUUCAGCUCUUUGAGAGAGUGAGCACAGCGGGCUACAGCAUCCCUGACCUCCUAACUCGCCUAGUGCAGAUCGAGAGGCUUGAUGCCGUGGAGUCGCUCUGCGCAGAUGUGCUGGGAAACAGCGAGGUGGUGGCAGUGGCGGGACGGCAGAGUAUCAACAGCUUUCACAGCCAGUUGGUCUGUCCUUCCCCGUGCACAUCUCCUUCCCAGCGUUGUGCCAGUGUCUAAAUAUUCAGUGAAGCAGACUUCAGAGACUUAAAAGUACAUGUGUAUGUAAGGACAGAUUCUCCUCUGAGAAGGACAUCACAUACAGUGUACAACUUACCCAUUACAUGAAGAAUGUCAGUGAGCUCCUGCCUACAAGCUUUUUUUUUCUAAUAAGAAGCUAAUAUCCAAAAUAUUUCAACAUGCUUAUUUUUUUGUGCUGCAAUUUUCGAGAGAGAUGAACAAAGAUUAAAACCUCAGAUGCUAAUUAUUCUCUACUUUGCUAUCGAUUAGAUUUUCUUCUGCAUGAAUAAUCAGCGCAAUAAUCUGAAUUUGUUUUUCAUUUUAUUAGCAUGUUGCCUCCCUGAUAUGCUUCAGAAUUUUGUGGAAAAAAAUAGCUGAAAGGCCUGUGCGCUGGACGCAACACAAUAAGAAAAUUUUUCCAAACUUAUUAUAUUAAAUUGAGUGUAAAAUUGAUUAGAAAUGCUGCAGUGUGCUGGAGAGCAUCCUGGCCAGCUGGAUAUAAAAACUGGGGAGCCCCUUCAUCACAGCAUUGGGAAUGAAUUGAAAAAGAGACCUGAAGAUGCCCUAUAACGGUACUCCAGCAGUCUAUGUUGCUUUAUUCUGAUGGGCCUCUACCCAGUUGAGAGCACUCCAAAAAGAGUAAGACCUAAAAAAUAGCGUGUUUGAACUGAGUCUUAGUUGUACUCUUACUGUACCUUUGGAUCAGGACCAAACCCUUAUGCUUUUUCCUGCAGUACCCAGAUGUUUGUGCCUGUAUAAAGAAAGCAACCUGGUUUGACCGCAGCAUUAGUUAACAUUCAUAACUGCUCCUUUAACUGUGUUGUCAUCACUCAGAGAGAAGGAAGAUAUCAGCUCCCUACUUGAAAUGCAAUCCUCCUAGCCAGCUGGCAAUGCUAAAGCAUCAUUCAGUUCAGCUUUCAUCUGCUAAACUCACUUGUGAACUUGUGGUAUUUUUUCAUGCACCAGUGUCUCUUGCUGAAUUUGAACAUAACCAGAAAACAUGUGCAAGAAGACAAGAGCAGAUCAGGAUAUGAUCUUUUUAACAGAAUUGAAUGGAUCAUAUUAAUCCCGCAUCUACUCCAUGAAAUCUUGACUUCACCACUUUGAUGUAACCAUUAAUUAUCAUACAAUAUGUGGAGAGAGUUUAGGAAAACUGAUGAUUUGCAGAUACAGUGUGCAGAAAAGUUCAAAGACCCACUUCACAAAAAGCAAAUUCCCAAAACCCAUAGAUUCAUUUUAGGUGGGGUGUUCAGUGUUCAAACAUUAAUCCAAUAAACUGGAUGAGGACAGUGCUCAGCCACUGACCACAUGUCUACAAUUCACUGUCUAUAACUUUAAGACAGAUUCACAUACUCUCCUCCUGCAGCUACUUCCUCAGCAGUGACCCAGCCUGUGACCCAGCACUAUAACUCUGCCUGUUUCUCUGCUUUUACCCCAAUCCUGCGGUCUACUGCUGCCGCCAGCCCUAAUUAUUUGGCGUGUGGCUCCCCAUGCCCCUAACAGGCUAAAGUGUUGUGGUUUACAGAGCGGGUGCAAAGUGCCUGUGAUUUCCAGCACCUAAUUAAGCAUUUAGGGCCACUUAACUACUGAAAGCCCAGUGGAAAAGCUAUAAAAACCCUGCAUUAAAAGAGCAAUGCCAGGACAGAUGAAUUACUAACUCCCCCCAGGGUUGCUGCACUGUGCACGGUGAAAGAUUGCUGCCGGUCGUGGUGGAGCUAGCGCUACAGUUGUUCUACAACGUCUGCUCUCAUUCAGCUUUUGUGGUUGGCUCAGUCAUGCUCAGACAGGAUUUAGCCCCCCUCUCCCCUAUGGGACCAAUAGACUAAACAAGAACAAUAUGCAGUUGUGUGAGUUCUAAAAGGCAGCUGAAGCAAGUUAGGUGUUGUAUGCACGGGGCAGAAAUCUCAGCUCUGAUAAGCAUCACACUAAACCUUGGAGGAGCGUUGUUAAUGUCCAUCUUAACUUUAUUGACAGUGAUGCCCACAGUUAAGAAGCUGUAGAUCAGGUCCACUAAUUUUCAUUUACGGUUAAGCAUCAAAACUAAGCAAUGAUCUCCAAAGUCCGAGCAACGCCAAGAGCUGCUUUGAUGUCAUUUCUGCCUGAUCUUGAUCUGACGCCUAAUGUUGCCUGCAUAAUAUCCCAUAACUGCUCAGCAUUGCAGUUUUUCUUUCCUUACGCUUUAUGGUCAUAUCUUCCAUUGCAAUCUGGGGCUGGACUCCAGCACUUUAAAUUAAUGUGCAUGUUUAUCACCUGCAUAUCUAUCAUUCUCUUGUGUGUUUGAUCUUAAGCUCUAAUUUCAAAAUAUUGCUCUCUCAGAACAGUGUUGUCAACAAAUGCAUUUACAUUUAAAGCGCAUUAACUUUUUUUUCUUUUACAUUUUAUACAAAAUGUCUGAAAACAUUAACUGUUGGAUUAAACUGAUGUGAAACAGAACUUAUUUUCAGACAAGAAAAUUUUUUCGUCUGACAUAUUUUAUGCUGAUAUACAGAAGCCAAACAUAAAUUACUUACCUCAGUAGCACAUACGUUAGUAUAGUACAUGUAGAAAUACACAAGCUCUUCACAGAACCAAAGUGUAACUGUAUAUAUAAGUUAUUAUUGUACAUAAAGUAUGCUUUAAUAAAGAUGUAUGUUGGAAGGUC